AUGGCUGCAAGCGCGCCACUAUCCCGAGAGCUGCGCGCGGAGUUCACGGACCCAGCGGACGAAGAGGUCAAGCUGGCCGUGACCUUGACGGACUCGAGCCUCACUGUGAGAAGAAUCCCUUCAUCUUCAUCCUCCUCCUCAUCAUCAUCUUCAUCACCGUUAUCGCCGUCGCUCGUGCUGAGCCUCGCUGACUGCGUGGGGUGUCGCGCGUACAGCGCGCGCGAUGGAGACGGCGAAAACGAAGGCGCGCUCGUGUGCGCGUACUUCUACCCGCGUGCGCGGAGGCGAUGGGCAGGAGGGAUCGCGCGCGCGGCGGCGCGGCACCGCGUGGAGCAGAGGCUCCGUGUCGCCAGCGGCGGAAACGCUGGAGCGGAGUUGCAGGAGGCGGAGCGCUGGGCGCGCGCAGUGACGCACAGAGCCGCGCGCCUCACGGCACUCACGCACGGUGGACAGUACAGUCAGGUGUGUAGAGCGCGGCGGCUGAUGGUGUUGGUGAAUCCUCUCAGUGGGAAAGGUCAGGCUAUGGCUCUUUACACUGGACCUAUUCAGCGCAUGCUGACCGAGGCUGCUGUUCCACAUACACUCAUCACCACAGAGCAUCAGAAUCAUGCGCGUGAGUUGGUGAGGAAUGCUGACCUCUCUCAGUGGAGCGCCAUCGUCAUUCUGUCAGGAGACGGGCUGCUCUUUGAGGUGAUCAAUGGUUUGAUGGAGAGAGAGGACUGGGAGGAGGCUAUCCGCACCCCGCUGGGCAUUCUGCCAGGAGGCUCAGGAAACGCACUGGCUGCUUCAGUGCACCAUUACACACAGGCAGAUGCAGUGUUUGGUGAGGAUCUGCUGCUGGGCUGUGGUUUCGUGCUGUGUAAGGGUCUGGUGUGUCCUCUGGACCUGCUCUCUGUGCGCCUCUCCUCGGGUCAGCGUCUCUUCUCCUUCCUCUCUCUUGCCUGGGGCUUUGUGGCAGAUGUGGACAUUGAGAGCGAGAAGUAUCGUCCCGUGGGGGCAGUGCGCUUCCUGGUGGGCGCCCUAGUCCGUCUGGCAUCUUUGCGGACCUACCAAGGCAGGCUAGCUUUCCUGCUGGCUGCAGAGGAGUCCAGCUCAGUCAAAACUCCCUCCCCCCCUUCGCUUCCUGAACAUGGGCCAGUUGAUAACCUCAUGACUCCUUUUGGAGAGCCUGUACCCACAAACUGGACUGUAGUGGAAGAACAUGACUUUGUCCUGGUUCUGGCCACCUGCCACUCUCACUUGGCUGAGGACCUGAUGGUGGCACCAGAUGCCCGACCGGACGACGGCCACAUUCACCUAUUCUACGUGACAGCAGGUGUAUCACGGCCGGCCCUGCUCAGGCUCUUUCUUGCUAUGGAGAAGGGGACACAUCUGGCCUGUGACUGCCCACACCUGGUGUACCGCCGGGUCAGGGCACUGAGGCUGGACCCAGUUACGCGGCCCGGAGUCAUCACUGUGGACGGUGAACAGGUGGAGUACGGCCCUGUCCAGGCACAGGUGCACAAGGGAUAUGCAAGGCUGAUCUCAGGAUGACCUUUGAACUAGGACUGGGCGAAAAAAGAUAAUCAAACUCAAACUUAUGUUAGCGAUAAUGCGCCUUUGAGGUACUUUUGAUAAAAUGAUUAUGUUGUUCCAAUCCUGAAUUGAUAUAAGCAGCAAAGGAUUGAACUUGGAGCAAUCUCUACUGGUGAUGCGGAAC